AUGGCUUCUUCUAACCCGAUUUUUAGCCCAAACUAUGGUGAGAAACCAUGGGUGGAUCAAAUCAAUGAAACCUUAAAAACCCAGAUUGCAGUCACAAUCGAUACGCCUCCAGUUUCCAUAUUUGAAGUUCCCAAAUACCUCAAAGCAGAAAAGCUGGAAGCAUACGUCCCUCUACGAGUCGGGCUUGGGCCGAAUCACCAUUUUCGGCCUGACCUCUAUCACAAGAUGGAGCGGAAGAAGCUCACGGCGGUGAAAAGGGUACUAAAGUCUCAUCAAAUUCUUGACUAUGAGAAAGAAAUAGUACAAAAGGUAAAAAAGAUUGUCCCCUUAAUUCGUGAUUGCUAUGAAUUGUACUAUGAUGCUGAUGAUACUACGCUGGCAUGGUUAUUCACUAUUGACGGAAUGUUCUUGAUUGAUCAAUUAAAUGCAUAUUCAAAUGGUGGUUUUUCAAUUGAAGCAAACGAUUUAAUCAUGCUGGAGAACCAGAUUCCACUUAUUGUGUUGAAGGAAAUCCAGAAGGCCCUAUUGGGCCAAAAAGUUCAUGCGCAAGAAGAUUCUUUGGAAUCCAAGUUCCGAUAUUUCUGUAAGUCGAACUCAUCAUUAGUCCUUUCUGAAGAGAGUAUUGAUUUUAGUCGAGUUAAACACCUACUUGAUUAUAUGUAUAAUUCCAUUGUGAACAAUGAAACAUUGAUCCCAAGAAAAGUUUAUGUCACAAACCCUGAACAUGAUCCAUGUGAAAAAGAUGCCAAGUUGGAACUACUAGAAGCUGGUAUCAGAUUUGCAGGAGUGAUACCUGGGGUUGAACCUUUUUAUCAACUCAUUGAAUACUUGAGUGAAAAGUUUUUUGAUAUCUUGGAGAAAAGAAGGAUUGCUGAAGAGAUUCAGGUGCCUUCAGUUUCAGAACUUCAUAAAGUUGCGGGUGUGGAGUUCCGUUUGUCACCUAAAAAUGAGGGCAUCCGAAAUGUAAACUUUGUCCAAGGGAAAGUGCGGUAUUGUUAUCUCCCUCUAAUGACUCUUAAUAGUGACUCAGAGGUUGUACUGAGAAACUUGGUGGCUUAUGAGAAACUAAUUGCAAACAACAGUUUUAUGGGUGGAUAUGACCUUGUCCUCACUGAAUAUGUGGAUUUCAUUUGUGGGAUAAUCGACAAUGUGAAGGACGUGAAGUUGCUACGUGAGCAGAAAAUCAUCCAAGGUGAUUUGAGUGAUGAGGAGAUUGUUAAUUUGUUUAAUGGGAUUGAGAAAUCGCGUCUGGAAAUGAGUGGUGAAUCUGAGUUGAGGAAGACAGUGGCUCAAUUGAACAUGGUUUAUGAAAGCACACCGAGGAUUUGGGUUCAAAGGAGGAUUGAAAAGCAGUUUGUGUCUUCGGCUAAGUUUAUCACGUUCUUCAUUAUCAUUUCGAGCACACUGAUCUUGAUUUGGGAGGUGUAUUUGAUGGUUAAUGGUUUCAAUACAUUGCACAUGAUGUUAGCUCGUUUUCUUCGUGAAAGAUUGAGUCGUUUACACCGUUUCUUCUUUGGUCCAAGGGGACCGGAUCCAGUCACAGAACAUUAG